AAACGAGAGCCAAUCGUAGCUCUGAAUGGAACGAGGGUGCUUAGCGAAUACCCCAGUGGCCUAGCUAGCUAGCCAAGUCAGCGAUAAAACCGUCUAAAAUAUUGUCUAAAAUGAAUAUUAUCAGGUCGUCAUUUUCCCGGUUUCAUGGAGUGAUAUGCUCCACCAGGAUUGUUGCACCACGGCUUCCAGCAUCCAGUGGCCACCAGCCACGAGCACUGAGUGGUUGGGUGCUGUCCCGGGCUAGUGUACCACCCCAGACCUCUCGGUGUGGACCUCUCACAUCACAGGCAGAGGGGGCAGGGGUGUUUCAACAACUCCCCUGGUACCACCAGCAGAUUCGUACAAGGAAGCGGGGCACAGAGUAUCAGCCCAAGAAUAUAAAGCGUAAGAGGACCCAUGGCUGGAUCAAGAGGAUCAGCACUCAGGGUGGCAUCGAGGUGAUUCUCCGAAGAAUGCUGAAAGGGCGAAAAUCCCUGUCACACUAAGCACCCAAUGGACAAACGUUUUUUGGUGAACUUAUUGAAGUACCCAGGUUUUGCCACCACUGUUGAGAAAAGGCAUAACAACUUCAAGACUUACUGGCCCAGUUGUGUGUAGAACUGAAUGUCAGUUAUUGGAUAUGCGAAGGCAGAUGUUUGUCCAUGUAAAUAUAUAUAUAUAUUUUACACACUUUGACAAAUGUUUUCCCAUCAUGUAUUUCAGCAACUAUAUUGUAGAGGCUUAGAAGUAGUUCAGAGCCUUGCUGUUGCAAUCAGUGAAUUUGAAAUGGCUUAUGACCUUGUUAAUUCAUGCAGGAUGAAAGUUGUGAUAAAAGACCCAAAGUUGUACAUGUCAACAUACAGUGGUGGAGUUGAACUAGGCCCAGAAUUUGAAUAUUGUACUUUAAUAAAUAGGUGCUGGGCUAUAAGCAUCUGUGCUAUUCAUUUGCUGCUAAAAUAGAUAGACCUGACUUUCAUCAAUUUUAAAGCUAAUACACGUGUCAUUCAAGUCUUUGUCUUGCUCAAAUAAAAGCUGUCUUGAGUUUCUGAAUAAAUAAACUUUGUAAAGUUG